CUCCUUUGCUUGUCCUAUAAACAAAACAUCCGAUGGAAGUUAGGCCAACCGUUUAAAUUUCUUCAUCUUCUUCUUCUUCUUCUUCCCCAUCCAUCUCUCUGCAAUUUCACUUAGAACAUAAGCAACUUAAAUAGCUUGAUUCUUGGUAUCAUCUCAACAUCAAAAUUUCACAACCUUUCACCCUAUAUCUACAAAUCAUCUCAUUCUCUCUAAUACCCAAUUUCUUUUGUGGGUUUUUUGAUUCAAAAAGAUCAAAUCUUUAGUUAAACAACAUGAUCAUCCAUUGCAAUAGAACCACCGUCUCUCUCCCUUCCCCUGACGACCGGAGAAGGUCUCUUGGCCGGAAUCUUGCAGUGAGGAUAUCGAGGGCUAGGUGGUAUAGUUUUCUGAGAAGGGUUUUUCAUUAUCAGAAUGGAUCAAGGUCUGAUCUUGGAUCUAAUCCGUUUGAUUCUGGUUCUUGGAUGGUGAUGGAAUUGUUAGGGAUGAUUGUUCAACUUGUUGUGAUUGUAAAUACUCUGUUUGUUUCUAAAGAUGAAAGACCUGUUUGGCCUAUGAGAAUUUGGUUGGCUGGUUAUGGCGGCGGCUGUGGGUUUAGUCUUAUUGUUCUUUACUUUCGUUACCGGAUUUUAUAUAGGGCUGUCCUUUCCGAUGAAGAACAACAGAGACUCGCCGGAGAAGAAGAACCAAGGAGCAUGAGAUUAAUGAUCAAUUGUCGAACAUGUUUGGAUUUGUUCUUUGCGAUAUGGUUCGUAAUGGGCAACAUUUGGGUGUUCGAUGCUCGAGUUGGAUCCUUUCGUCGAGCGCCAAAGCUCCACGUCCUCUGCAUCUCCUUGCUUACAUGGAACGCUAUCAACUACUCUUUUCCCUUCGUUUUGUUUGUCUUUUUGUGUUGUUGUGUGCCUCUUAUUAGUACCAUAGUCGGAUACAACAUGAACACGGGUUCUCUUGUUCGAGGAGCGUCUGAAGACCAAAUUUCAAAAUUAAUGAAAUGGACGUUUAAUAAUAACAAACGAUUUGUUGAUUUGGAGCAUGGAAAAUCGAAUCUUGACAAUGAUCAUCAAAUUGCGGAAUGUUGCAUUUGUUUGGCCAAGUAUAAUGACAAUGAGGAAAUAAGGCAAUUGCCAUGUUCACACAUAUUUCACUUGAAGUGUGUUGAUCAAUGGCUGAGAAUAACAUCAUCUUGUCCUCUUUGCAAACAAGAAUUAGAUUACAAAUGAAAUUACCAAAAUAUCCUGUAACCCACUUGAAAAAAAACUGUUUUUUUAGGUAAAAAAUAAUGAGAGUAGAUAGCACACUAUAAUGUCAUGAGUUACUUUGAGCUUAUUGGCCAGUAACUUGGUGAAAGAAAAUAUUUUUUUUCUUUCAUGUGGAUAAAGUGUAUAAUUUUUUUACUUUUUUUUUGUUGCAGUAAUUUUUUUGUGA